AUGUUCCGCCGCACAAAAGCGCCCCACCCCCAAGAAACUCCAAGUCUCGCCCAACCAGCGCCAGCGACCGCAGACAAGAUCGCCUCCGUUUCCGUCCCAGUGUCUGCUACUGCUGGUGAAAGCCGGUCCUCGUCCGCCUCGACCAUGACCCCCUCGACGGCCGUCGACGUGUUCUUCCUCACCUUCAACUGCGCGAAGAACUUUAUCGACGUGCCCGUAUUUGCGACCCAUCUCCAUACCGCACUGAAACAGCGGGCGGAGCUGCCGGAUCUCGUAGUCUUCUCGCUUCAGGAAGUAGCCCCGAUCGCGUAUUCCUUCAUCGGAUCGUAUUUUCUCAACCCCUACCUCACACGCUACGAAGAGGCCCUUAACCUCGCCGCCGAUGUCCUGAACAACCCCGAGGCUCUGGAAGACGCUCCCGGCGGCGAUGGGGCCAUCUCGCCCCUCACCCGUGCGACCCUGGUGGCGCCGCCGGUGUAUACGCUCGUGCGAUCGAAGAAUGUCGGUAUGACCGCCAUACUCCUUUUUGCGCGGGAUCCGAAAACCGUGGCGGACGUGCAGGAGGCAGAAGUCGGCUUCGGCGCCGCGGAGAUGGGAAACAAGGGUGCGGUUGGUCUGCGGAUCGUGUAUGAGGGAGUUGGAAGCGACAAGAGUUCAGAGAUGACUUUUGUCGCGACGCAUCUUGCUGCCAUGGAGUGGAACCUUGCGAGGCGGAACGCGAACUGGGCGGCAAUCAUGCGAAGCAUGACCUUUGACAACCCAGAGAAGAUCCUUCAGCCUAGGAAGCCAAGUGGCUCCUCGUCCGGCGGCGCUUCGUCCUCCGCCGACGCCCAAGAGGCCGGGAAUGGACGUGCUAGUGUUGAAGAGGCUGUACGUCUUUUGCACAAUCAAGUUAAUGAGGAGAGUAUCUUGAUGCAGCAGCGACUGCAUGACAUCUCGGUCUUCAAACCCACGUCGCAUCUCUUCGUCGGUGGAGAUUUGAACUACCGGAUAUCUGCCACAUCACCCCCGCCAGAUGCGGACUUCCCAAGCCUGGACCCGGAGUCUGAGCACUAUUACCCGCAGUUCUUGCCCUUGGACCAGCUCACUCGGGAGCGCCUUUCUGGUCGGACCCUUCACGGACUCUCGGAGCACAGGAUCGAGUUUCCCCCAACGUACAAGUAUGACAUUUUGCCCGCCGAGUCGUCCACCUUAAGAGACCCUCUCAAUGUCCGCUGGAAAUUUGCCCCGCAUAGGUAUCCUUCCUGGACCGAUCGGAUUCUUUACCUCGACAUUGCUCCGUGGACGAAGGCUCGGCUGUCCAAGGCGACCCCCGAGAUGAAGGUUCACAGCUAUGACUGCAUGCCAGUUGUGUCAUCAAGCGACCAUCGGCCCGUUUUCCUGCGAGUGGAGGUUCCUGUCAUCGACAAGGUAGACCUGAUCCCGCCGAAGGAACUCGAGGAUGGGGUCAGCGCAGCAACGGUGGCAGAAUGGAACUUGGAUCCUCGCAUGAAGUUGCCUGUGACAAUCGACCCGGAGGCCUGGGAGCGACGAGCAGCAGCAAGGAAGAAGGAAGUAAUGGCCGGAUGGAGUAUGUUUCUGUGGAGUACUCAAGAGGGGGCGUUGAUCCUUGGUACGUUUAUGGUAGCCAUCGUCUUAGGAUGGUGGCUGUAUCAGGGAUGGUGA